GAUCUACCUUCAUGUUCCGAAGAUUUCUUGUUCUUCUGAGGUUGAAACAAAACAAAGUACAAAGUUUAGCGAAAGGUGAUGUGAGAACUCCAUGUGUUUGUAAUUUUUUUUAAAUACUUACUUUUGAGAAAAAGCAACCACUGCUGUACAAUGCCUGUGGGCUCCAUGGCAGGGGUGAAGAUCUUGACAGCUCCUACUAGAAAUGCCAUUUUCACGUCAUCCAGAGGAGCAUGUCAACACACCAGAGGCAAAGUUUCCGAAUUUUGGAACAAGAGAUCUGUGAUCCCAAAGUCAAGUGACUCUGUGCAGUGUUUGCUCAACAGGCUAACUUCCAACAGUGUGGGGCCUCCUCUAUUUCUCAGGGACUUUCUUUGCCAAUGUAAACUAUCCCAGUUCUCCCGGAACAAAAGUUUUAGGCCACAGACAAAAAGUAGAAAUAGAGUUGGAGAACUUUUGUGUGGCAGCAGCACAAAUGUCGUGAACAGCUUGCCAAAAAGCAAGCCAGUAGGCUGGCAACAUGCUCGUCCAUUUCACACAAGUCCUCGUCGGCCCAUCUCACCUAUCCUGUUGAUGCUUGUAAAACCCUUUGCCAAGCUUGCUGCAGCCUUGACUGGGAGAUCUGUGCGCAAGUGGUUCAGGGGUUUGGGUCCUGAAGAGCGUGAGAAAGUUUGGGCAGCCAUCCGCAGGCGAUGGUACAUUCCAGCUGGUGGGUCGGUGAUGCUGACUGGUUCUGGCGUAGUCUACUACUACACUCACAUAGAAGAGACGCCUAUCACUGGGAGAAAGCGCUUUAUCGCCUUCACACACGAGCAGAUCCUAAAAAUUUCUGAUGAAGAAAAAAUCACACUUCAAGCAGCAUACGGUAGCCGCCUGUUCACUGAAAAUGAUAUUGAAACAUUACGGGUAAUUGAUGUGAUGGGAAGAUUGUUGGAGGCCAAUCCUGAGAUGAGGUCUGGUGUCCCCUUUGACAAGUGGGAGAUUUAUGUUGUCAACGAUCCUGUCUGCAAUGCUUGUGUUCUGCCAAAUGGUUGUGUGUUUGUCUUCAACGGCAUGCUGAAGAUUGCAUCCUCGCAGGACGAGCUGGCCAUUGUGCUGGGCCACGAGGUGGCCCAUGCUGUACUGUCGCACGGGGUUGAAGAGCUCAGUCUCGGGGCUUUUGUGGACUACUUUGUCAUCUUGUGUCUGGCUGCCAUCUGGUGCAUUCUGCCUUCAGACGGCAUCGCUCUGGUCACUCACUGGUUCUACAAUAAAGUCAUUCAGCUUCUCACGCAUAUGCCCCACAGUCGGAAGAUUGAAAAGGAGGCAGACAAGGUUGGCCUCAUGUUUGCUGCUAAGGCCUGCUACGACGUCCGAGCUGGGAGUGUACUCUGGCAGAAAAUGGCACUAAACGAAAAGCUCACUACAGAGGCGACAGAGCAGUUGCCAGAGUGGAUGUCCACCCACCCAGACAGCAGUAAGCGAGCAGAACACCUGGACUUUCUUCUGCCCCUGGCUGAGACGUGGAGGGACUCGAUGAAGUGUCCUCGCCUGCCCAAACACGAUCCCCGACAGACUGUUAUUGCUGUCUCUCAAGAAGUUGAUAACAUUCUUGCUGCAAAAAAGGCAGGACAGAAUUUGAAGCAAGUUGAGAAGGCUUCAUGAAAACAUAUAGUUCUUUUGCUGUCACUUGAGAAAUUCAGUUACUAACUGCAAACUCACUCAAGAAAGCAGGUUCAAACAGUGUUAGCGUUACUUAUGUUUUGCUGUUACUGCAAAGAAUUGUUGGUUGUUACCAUGUUUGUUUUGUUACUAAAGUCCUUAUUGGUCAUGAUACUAUUUAUAGAGAAAUGAUAAUCUGCUGACUAAUCCAUUGAUGUUUUGUUGUUGAUCGUCAAAAUGAAGUUGUAGCCUGGUGAUGUACAUCGUCAAAAUGAAGUUGUAGCCUGGUGAUGUAGAUCGUCAAAAUGAAGUUGUAGCCUGGUGAUGUACAUCGUCAAAAUGAAGUUGUAGCCUGGUGAUGUAGAUAGUCAAAAUGAAGUUGUAGCCUGGUGAUGUAGAUCGUCAAAAUGAAGUUGUAGCCUGGUGAUGUACAUCGAUGAUUUGGUGUGCAGGUAAUUUUUCCAUUUGCCACUGCAAUUAUUGUGAGUAAGAGAUCUCUCUCACUGUCUUGGCAGCUUGAAGUCGUGAAAGUAAAUCACAUCUUUAUAGUCGAUACAGUGAGGAAUGAGUGGAUUUUUUAGAACAUUUUGAAACUUACCAAUGGCUUGAUGAAAUUUGAGUCUGCUUUUAUUGCGAUACUUGUGAAGUUAUUGUUUUUGUAAAUUGACAAGUACAAGCAAUGAAUACAGCAGAGUCUUGUUUGAUUUGAGACUGGAUCAUGUUGAUCUUUGAAGAAAGAUAGGAUAUGUAGGAGUAGGAGAACCAGAGAUUCUAGAGAUCAGAGACAACUUGUGUUAGGAUAUGUAGGAGUAGGAGAACCAGAGAUUCUAGAGAUCAGAGACAACUUGUGUUAGGAUAUGUAGGAGUAGGAGAACCAUAGAUUCUAGAGAUCAGAGACAACUUGUGUUAGGAUAUGUAGGAGUAGGAGAACCAGAGAUUCUAGAGAUCAGAGACAACUUGUGUUAGGAUAUGUAGGAGUAGGAGAACCAGAGAUUCUAGAGAUCAGAGACAACUUGUGUUAGGAUAUGUAGGAGUAGGAGAACCAAAGACAUCUGAUUCUAGAGAUCAGAGACAACUUGUGUUGAUGAAACCUUUUAGUCUCUUACAUUCAUGAAGUCUUUCCUGAUGUGACUGUCAUAUCAUCCUCCUACACCUAAAGAUGGCCUUCUUGUAUCGUGAGUUUGGAACAUUCUUUUUCCCUUGGAAUCUGUGUGCAGUGAGUUCUUGAUGCAUUCUAUUUCCUAAGGUAACCUGUGCCAAAACAAUCUCUCCUACACAUUUCAUAUGCUUUUGUUACGAAGUAGAAAGUGGAUAUUCUGGAGCUUUCAGUUUGUCCACUUAUUUUAUUAUCCAAAUUUUUUUAAUGUUAAAAUGUUCGUGAUCAGUCAUGACUCGAAAUUUGCAAAAUUUGACGCUACCGUAUUUAACGCCCGAUUUCUAAGUUAAAUUUCAUGUAUAUUUUUGGUAUGCAUGUGUGUUUCUCCUAUCAGCCCAUACUAGGCGAGGCCUAGAUCUAGAUUUACAUCUUGUCUUUUACCGCUUUUACUUAUAUGUGUCUCGAUUGCCACCGAUACAACCGUCCCCCGCCAUUUGGGGAAAAGGAAAUGAGAACACUUGGAAGCAGAAGGAAAUGAUUGGUGAGGUGUUGCAUGCACAAAGCAAAAUGUUUUCCUGGUUCCCCCUAGACUGGGUGUCUCCGUGGACACAAUGUAGGUUAUUAUUACAAGUAAAAGCACUUGAUUCUCCAUCAAGACAUCC